AUUUGGUGCAGUUGUCAUCAACACUGUGCCAGCCAAAGGCCCCUUUCAGAUCGGAGCCAACAUUCAACUAACCUGCAGUGAUACAGCGACGUCGCCAGAUUCCUCCUCGUUCACAUGGUAUCACCAUGACCUUCAAAUGGUAGAUAGUGGGGUAAAAACGAAAAAGGCGGAAUCGAGAGAGCGAUACUCGAUAGAUACUUCUAUCCGGGGACAGUUCACACUAGAAAUAUCAAACGCACAUGUAGAUGAUGCCGGGCCUUGGAAAUGUAAAGUACAAGCCAAUGGGGCUACUUCACAGGCUAUAGCAGAAUUGCGCAUUGGUGCCCCAUCUAUAGCAUAUAUCACACCAACGGUACAAACAACCAUCGGGUCAACGGUUCGGCUAGAAUGUAAUGCUACCGGCGAUCCGGAACCGACUACCUCUUGGAGGAGGCCAAACCCGGGUCAACUUCUCCCUAAUGGUCGUCGAGUAUCAGCAGGCCGGGUAUUAUCAGUACGGAUAGCAUCAAUAUCCGAUGGCGGAAGGUUUAUAUGUGAGGCAAGAAACUCCCUAGCUGUCAUCUCACAGCCGAUGAGCUUAAAUGUAAAACACGCACCAUUCCUCCAGACGGACCGGUCAGAUACACAGGUGUAUGGUUACCACUCUCAGAUGGUGAACAUGACCUGUGCAUGGAGUGGUUUCCCGCCCCCUUAUAUCACGUGGACAAUCAAUGGGAGAUCGGUCACAAGAAGAGCAAGUAGACAGUACCAAGAUGGCGUUAGCACUUUAUCGAUAACUCCCCAAGCCAGGGACUUCGGGACAUAUAGAUGCCAUGCAUCCAAUAAUUUGGGAAGGAGUCAACACGCCAUCCUCCUCUCCAGAGCAGAGCCUCCACUCGUUCCCCGCCACAUCCGGCCUGGUAGGAUCACAGACACCACGAUACAGAUCUUGCUCGAUCCACCUCACGUGACAGCUCGGGGAUUCCCCCUCCUUUAUUAUCACGUUGCCUACCAUCCAGUCAUGAUGGGGAACCUCCGCCAGAGUCGUCCGGCCCAAUUCCUUCUCAAUGAUGUCCAGGAUGAGGAAGGGCCAGCCUUAAUCAGACAGGACUUCCCGACGGAAAGGCAGCUGUAUGAAAACGGAAAUGGGUUCCAGGACCAGCCACCACUUGACCAGAUCCAACAGCCAUAUGUUUCGCCACAAGUCCAAGUUCGUCGAUUUGAUAUUGGAAAUAACUUUGUUCUGACUCAUCUUCGCCCUCUUACGACCUACCUCAUCCGAAUAUCAGCAGGAAAUGCCGUCGGACAUGGGAAUUUCUCAGAGUUACGAAUCGCUACAGCUCCAUCGCAUACAGUAGUUCGGGCAUCGAACCUUUCUAACCCCCUAGCAGUACCCCUACUAUCAACCGCGUCUGAUCAACAGGUUCCCGUUGAACCUACAUCGUUUCGAACGGCCGGGCCUACACGAUCAAUCAUGACGUCACCUCUAGCUCCCGCUUCAUACCCGAUGCCUGCUAGCACCUCAGGAGUAAAUCUCCCUGCAACACGCAAUGUGGAUCCGGAAGUCCGGGCGAGAAACCCGGGACGGUUCGACCCUUCGACACCCCUGCCCACCUUACCAGAGGGAGGGAAGAAAACGAAGAAGGGGAUGUCCCCAUUCCCCAUCAUCGUAGGCGCCAUCCUAGCAAUGUUCCUGGGCGGUUUGCUGAUCUUCUUCGCUUCAUCGAUGCCACUGUUGAAAUGGCAGAAACGGCGUCAGCGAAAUCCACCGGACGAGAUGGAGGAGGAGCUAUAUCGUUUUAGUGGAUCCAUCUACAGCGAGUCUUCAUCGAUCCAGAUGCGCCCAGUCAGUGUAGUGAAUCAUUACGAUCCUGGAGUCCAUUCGGGAUCUAUGAGCUCCAUGGGCAAGGAGUUUGAAUUUCCCCGGGAACGACUGGUGAUCGGAGCGGUAGUCGGGACUGGUUCUUUCGGGAAGGUUGUCAGAGGGGACGCGGAAGGGAUCAUAAAGCCUGCUUGCAAGACAGUCGUCGCCAUCAAAAUGCUGAAAGAGGAUGCAACCGGAUUGGAUCAUCAAGAUUUACUGAAAGAACUAUCGGUCAUGAAACUCCUCAAACCUCAUCCCAACAUCGUCACACUCUUUGGAUGCUGUACUAAAGAUGGAUAUGAAUCACCUUUAAUAAUCAUGGAAUACCUGCCAAACGGCAACCUACUUUCGCACCUGCGCAGUAGCAGACAACGAGUCGAAGAUUUCGAGAUGCACAGAACGAGCAUGCGCACUACGCUCUCCCCUACAGAUCUUAUAAGAUAUGCAUACGAGAUUGCCAAUGGCAUGGCAUAUCUCGCCUCGAUGAUGUGUAUCCACAGAGAUCUGGCUGCACGAAAUAUUUUACUGUCUCGUGAUGGCGUUUGUAAACUUUCAGAUUUCGGGUUAGCACGUGACGUCAUGAAUGGCGGUGUCUACCAAAGAAAAACACAGGGUCGAGUUCCUAUUCGUUGGAUGGCAUUGGAAUCUCUUCUUGAUAACGUGUAUACCAUUCAGAGUGACGUCUGGUCGUUCGGUGUUCUUAUGUGGGAAAUAGUCACAAUAGGAUCCUACCCAUAUCCUGGAGUCCCGAGUAAGAAGUUGAUCAAAGACCUUCAGAAGGGCUACAGGAUGCCUCGACCAGAACAUUGCAGUGAAGACAUAUACUCUAUUAUGCUAGAGUGCUGGAGAGAGGAAAAUAAAUUGAGGCCUACAUUCGACCAAUUAAGAAAUCGAUUAGAAACAAUAUUAAUUGAGUCCGGGAACUAUCUUGUCCUCGAUGACUUUGAUGAACGUCUGUAUGAAUACACGUACGAUGGAAACUCUACACCGGACGAAUGAACAAUAAUUCUUGUUAUCUUCAUUGACAAUGGGUAUCGCCAUGUUUAUUCAGUUUCCUUCCGUGAAAUGGACACCAUGCCUUUUCCAAAGUGCACUUAAAAUCGACUGCAACGAUUCGUGUUUUAAAGCGAUAAUUUGGAAUCGGGUGAUAUCUAAGCUGUUAUUGGAUAUUGUGACAUCACAUCUUCCAAAGUUUUUUUUUACAAAAGAAAGUUACAUGGACGAGUAAUUACAGACUCUGUUAUAACAAUUAGGAUUUUUUGAGAAUAUAAUUGUGAUUGGAUAUUCAGACUUCGACACCAACGUCAUCGUAGUCAUUCAAUAACAUUGCAGCAAUAUUUUCCACCUUUUCCACAGUGGAAUGAGGAAGUAAACGAGGUUUCAACAUGACAUUCCGCGAAGAUGCAUUACGUCACAAAUUAAUAAUUACAAAGUAUAUUUUGUUAUUAUGAUGCUCUAUGUUUAAUGUGCAAAUGUGGACGAAACAAAGAUAUGUUUUUAUUGUUGAUUUCUAUUUUUAGCUGUACAGCUUAUGAAUGUAUUUAAUGAAGUGUAAAUAUGUAUGAAGUAAUCACAUGUGUAAACAGUGAUUUUUCAUUACUUGUCUUUCAUACUGCAGGAUUUUUAUGCUCUUAUCUGGGAACCGGUGAUUCUAAAAUGUUAAAAUCAUGUUUUUUGUGAGGAAUGUAAUCAACAAGAUCUGUUGCAAAAUGGUCCGUGGACAUGAUGAAUAUUCACUACAUUAUUGAAGGCUGAAUACAACUCCUAAUUUAUUCUUCAAAAGUAUGGUUGAUAUAUUCUACCCUGUAAUUAUUAUACUUUUUUUUGACAAUUAGACAAAGUUAAUUUAGUUGAUAGUGACAGAUUAUCUCUAUUGCAAACUCGUGCUGGGGCCAGUUGCAGAACCAAAUGCGAUCAAACGUCACUCCCAAAAUCAAAUACAACCAAUUGAAAGCGCGUUUGAAGGACUUGCGCUAGUGUUUAUUAGCGUGUGUGUGUUUAAAUUGAACUUUUUGUGCAACAGGCCCCAGGACCUCUUUAAAGGUAUUGUUUAACUUUGUGAGCAGCCGAUUUAAAAAAUUAUCAAACCUAGAUGAAACAUGUGUACAAGUGCAUGUAUUAGAACUAAUAAACCCUGAAAACAACCAUUAUUGAGAAUGAAAAGCUAAAACUACAAGGCAAACCCCGAUUUUGUAAAUAGGCGUCUUAUAGACGCCUAAAUAGUACACAUAAGUGUAUGGGAUGAAAUUAAGAUGGUGUUUUCGGUCACUUUAUAUUUCAAUUUUUAAAGAACUAAAUAAUUAUUUUCGAACGCAAUAUUUUCUGGGCUUCAUUUUUGUAACAUAUCACAGACACAGGUGACAAGUGUGACCUUCUAGCUCAGAUUUUUUUAAAGUCAAACCAAUGUUAACCAAUCACUUUAAGAUUGGUUUUAAUUAAAAUCAGAGCCCAUCGCAUAUUUUGCGAUCCGAUCCGAUACAAUGCGAUUUCGUUUUUAAACCGCAAGCCCUGUGGUAAAAGUGUGUUCAAAUCGGUUUCAAGUCGCAGCCGAUGAUGACAUCCUUAUGAUUUGGAAUUGAAUUUGCUUUUAUUUCUAUAGGGAGGCUCAAACUUGUAGUGUGCGCCGGGCCUUGAGCAUUUUUAAAAGUCAGUGACAUUUGAAGUUAUCUGUUAUGGAAUGUAGGCUGCUCACAUAUUGUACAGGUGGGUAGAUUCUGAGAGGAAAGAGGAACCCUUCGCCACACAUCCCAAUUGAAUCAAAUUAGUUCUGGGCCACAUUUCGUCGGCGGUCAUCCCAACCGUUGUAUCAGUCAAUUUUGGUAAAAAUAAAGAAAUCGAUUUUGAAAUUGUUUGCAGAAAAGAAAAGUACAAGUCCUACUCUAUUCACAACUAAUUUUUUAGUCAGCAAUUUAUUAUAUUUUCUGAGAUAUGAAAGGAUUUUAAUGGCGAUGCCAUACCAAUUUUGAAUAAAAUGCGCAAAUCCCAUUGGAAACGUGGAAUGUAUCAGAGCGAUACGACGUUUUGACUGUUCGCGCGCAUUGAAAUCGCGGUCGGUCAAAACGUCGUAUCACGUUUUCCCUAUGGCGUUUUUGUACAGGGAAAAUCAAAUUCACUCAAACCGAAAUUACAAGCAUGUACCUCUUUUGCCAUAUUUUCUCGGAUCCUUACUUUUGUGCAAAAAUAAGGAUACCAAAGUCAAGCAAUUUUCUUGGUCUUUCCAGCCAUGUAUUUUUCAAGCAAUAAAUAUGUUGUGAGGCUGGGGAGCUAAGUGUGAAAAUUACGAUAAACUUUGAAGUCGAUUUUCUCUGAAAUGGGUUUGCACCGUAAUAUGUGUGAUACGACGGUUCGGAUGACCGCCGAUGAUUUCACCAAAAUUGCUUUGUUAGCAGCUCUUGCUGGAAUAUCACUUUUUAUUGGAAGAACAAAAAAAUAAUGAUAAUAAUAAUUGUUGCCAUGGUAGGUUACAUUCCAGCAAAGCUUGAUAUUAUAGCAACUUUUCAUGAAAUGGGAGAUCGAAUGAAGGAGACUGUGAAACGAAAUUUUGAGUUUUUGUGAAAAAUGUCAAAUAUCUAAAAAAAAUUAACUACUUGUAUUAUGGUGCUUAAAGGCCAAAGUAAUGUCUUCCAAACUCUAACCAAUGUAAGAUGUAUAUAUUCAUUAGAAAUGUGAUGUGCAAUGCUAUUAAAGUAUUCUAGAUUACUCAGCUGAAAAGCAAAACCUUGAGUAAUAAAGUGCAAAUUGUUAGUUUCUUUGAUAGUUUGUUAUGUAUCUUCACCUAUUUGCUGUCUAGACUGUAAAUGUUGAGGUGUCUUUGAUAUACAUAAAUAAUUUUUAAUUCA